AUGCACCGGGGACGCAGGGCAGGCCAAAUGGUAGAUCUGAUCGACUUCCAACAGAAUCGGCUCCACCACAUCGUGCCUGAUCAAUUCGAACCUAGGGUUCCCGAACAAAUGCAUCACGUUCUCCUUCCUCCCCGUGAAGAAAUUGUCCACCACGAUCACGUCGUCCCCUCGGGCGAUCAGCUUGUCCACCAAAUGGCUCCCGACGAAACCCGCGCCGCCGGUGACGACGACCCUCCUCCUCCUGCUCCCGAUCCCCAUCGGAACCCUACCAACUCCGCCGGAUUUCACGAACCCACCCCGAUCGGGAUCGCGGCGGUGGGCCAAGGACUCGCGGUUCGACGAGACGAUUUGGGGGCGGGGGUCGGAGGCGGAGGAGGAGGAGGAGGUUGA